AUGACGCUACUCAAGGGCCUCACCAAGCUCUCACGCUAUAUCAUACUGUUCUUGGUCGCAAUCGGCUUGGCGGCCGAUCUUGCCGACUGGGAGACCUCGAUCACCCGCUCUGUCACGCCGUCGUGGAUAGCGAACAGAGUGCCUGCAUGGUCUGUCAUACCUCCCCAUUCGGUCAUACAGGUCGGCUACGAUGGUCAAGAGCUGAAGCCAAGCUCGCCCUUGCCCGACUUGGCCUUUCCAGCAGAUCGCUUCGGACGCGCAGAGAGAUUGGCGGCCGAAGCUGGACUCGGCACGGCACAGCACAACUAUAGCAUCUCUUCGCACACCGGUGAGCUCAUCCUGGCAGACCGAAGCGGCGCAAUACCGCACGACUUGGGCGUGCAUCCUAUCAGAGCGCUCAUGAGCGCCGCACAAGCAAGAUGGGACAAGCUGCACGUUUUGCAAUCUCAGGACUUGCCGCAGGCCGUGGAAGAGUACAUGAGGAGAUACGAUCGCUCUCCUCCCAGAGGCUUUGACAGAUGGUGGAAAUAUGCCGUCGAAAACAAUGUGCAGCUCAAGGACGAAUAUGAUGGCUUGUUCCGCGGUAUCGAGCCUUACUUCGCCAUUCCGGCGUCCAUCCUGCGCUCACGUACAGUCCGGCUGGCCGAGGAGAAUGCUAGUCUCGCCAUGCUCGUUACACUCGAUCCGCAUGCGCCUAGCAAAGAUCGUCUAAACUACCACGCCCACGAGCAAUCUCAGAACCGGGUCAAAGAUGCGCUCGAGGACAUGCGUCAUCUCAUAGGCCUGCUGCCUGAAGGCUUCGAUAUGGUUUGCUGGCUAGCAGAAGCGGGUUACUCUGGCAUAUCCUAUGAGCACAAAGAGCAUCUCCGUCAUCUGGCACGCAAGUGGGAAGAGAUCACUCAGGAGGAGGCGGACGGCUUCAGGCCAGUGCAAGCUCAUACCGAACAGCCAUUCCUCGACCUAUGUCCCGGUGGAUCCGCUCUGGCUUUAGCACUCAACGAGCAGUGGUUCAACAACUUGACAGUAUCUCCAGACCUGCCAGAAUCGAGGGCUUUCAUCUACGAUCACCAGCUGGCAAAGGACGCUUGUAACACUCCCGAGAUCUACUGGGGACACGAUCAAGCGCAUCGUGCAGGUAUCCAUCGUCGGAUUCUACCUAUGUUUGUCAGAGCGCACACUUCUACGCGUUCCGACAUUCUCAUGCCGUCACGAGACAUCACCAUCAAAUCUACGGGUCUGUAUGACGACGGUUCAUUCGAGCCAGAAUGGGAUCAAAAAGCACACGCGAAGCUCUAUUGGCGUGGACCCCUCACCGGCGCAUCAUUUGACAACACAGCACGGAAGCUCUGGCAGAGCUCACCUCGUUUCAGACUCAUCCGUAAUUUUCAGACGAGGGCAGCUUCUGUCAGGCGUCGCAUAUGGGCAGAGAAGAUGGCUGGGACAACAGUCAGACAUGACGUUUCCUACAACCAUGUUGUCAAGCAUUUCACAGACUUUGCGCUUACUGGUCGACCAAUUCAAUGUCAACCAGAGGUGUGCAAGGAGCUCGAAGCCCUCGUCAGUUUCGUGCCCGAACCGACACCGACUGAGCAUCUGGAAUACAAGUAUCUGCUCGAUAUUGAUGGCAACGGCUAUUCUAGUUUCUUCUUUGACGCCAUGAAUACCAAUUCUGCCGUCUUCAAGUCAACCGUCUUUGACGAAUGGUGGUCUGAGCGUAUCAUGCCAUGGCUACAUUACGUGCCUGUCCACGCAGACUACUCUGACAUUCCAGACAUUAUGACCUUCUUCGAAGGCGUCUCUGCCAAUGGACAGAACAGCAUCCUGGCCAAGAAGAUCGCAGACGAGGGCAAAGCAUGGGUCAAUACGUUUGCGCGAGAAGAGGACAAGCGCGCGUACCAUUAUCGACUUUUACUCGAAUGGAUGCGACUUUGGCAUCGCAACGAAGACGAUGACUGGUCGUUCGAGCUGCCCGAGACCGACCCAGACCUAGGCCCGCCCGCCCCGCGCUCGGACGCGCACUGGCUGCACGCAGACUCUGCGCGUCGCGGAAGCCCAGACUUGCAUUGCAGAACGACAGAGGUGCUCAGCAUCUCGCACUGUCUUUUCCCGCAACGCACAUCAGUGGUACAAUCUGCAGCAACGGACAAGUCGCGCGUCGCCUCAGCAGAAGCUGACCUUUCAUGGCACCGUCAUCAAAGAGACCAGCUCGCAGUGCAGGAAGUCGUGAUGGGAUAG